AUGGCAAACAAGAUCAACUCCAAGAUUCCUAGGUAUAUCUCGAACUGCAAUCUCAUUGUUAAUGUUAUCAGAGAGGCCAUGGGAAAAAAAGCCAUGAGCCACAAGAGCCUCAUUGUUCAAAACGACCUCUGCUGCCAGAAACCUCAGACUGUGAGGGACGGUGCCGUCUUUCCGAAAGUUAAGAGGUUUUCCUGUACUGAGUGCGGGAAGUGUUUUUCAAAGACUAAUCAUCUGUCCAUUCAUCAGCGAUCUCACUCAGGGGAGAAGCCGUAUUCCUGUCCUGUUUGCGGGAAAUGUUUUGUACAAAAAUCGGUACUUGACACACAUCAGAGGUCUCACACAGGGGAGAAACCAUAUUCCUGUCCUGAGUGUGGGAAAUUAUUUUCACAGAAAUCACAUCUUUACAGACAUCAGAGAUCUCACACGGGGGAGAAGACACUUUCCUGUCCUGAAUGCGGUAAAUUUUUUGCACAGAAGUCUCAUCUGUACAGACAUCAGAGAUCUCACACGGGGGAGAAGCCUUAUUCCUGCUUUGAGUGCGGGAAAUGUUUUUCACAAAAGGCACAUGUUAACAGCCAUCAGAGAUCUCACACAGGGGAAAAGCCACAUUCCUGUCCUGUCUGUGGGAAAUGUUUUUCACAGAAGGCACAUCUUGACAGCCACCUGAGAUCUCACACGGGGGAAAAGCCGUAUUCCUGUUCUGAGUGUGGGAAAUGUUUUGCAAAUAAAUCAGAUAUUCUUGCACAUCAGACAUCUCACUCAGGAGAGAAGCCAUUUUCUUGUCCUGAGUGCGGGAAAUGUUUUUCACAGAAGUCCAAUCUUUAUAAUCAUCGGAAACUGCACACAGGGGAGAAGCCAUAUUCCUGUCCUGUGUGCGGUAAAUGUUUUGUACAAAAAUCAGUACUUGACGCACAUCAGAGAUCUCACACAGGGGAGAAACCGUAUUCCUGUCCUGAGUGCGGUAAAUUUUUUUCACAGAAAUCCCAUCUUUACAGACAUCAGAGAUCUCACACAGGGGAGAAGCCACUUUCCUGUUCUGAGUGUGGGAAAUUGUUUUCACAGAAGUCCCAUCUGUACAGACAUCAGAGACUGCACACAGGGGAGAAGCCUUAUUCCUGCCUUGAGUGUGGGAAAUGUUUUGUAAGAAAAUCAGAAGUUGUCGUACAUCAGAGAUCUCACACGGGGGAAAAGCCAUAUUCCUGUCCUGCAUGCGGGAAAUGUUUUUCACAAAAGGCACAUCUCGACAGCCAUCAGAGAUCUCACACAGGGGAAAAGCCACAUUCCUGUCCUGUGUGCGGGAAAGGUUUUUCACAGAAGGUACAUCUUGACAUCCAUCUUAGAUCUCACACGGGGGAAAAGCCUUAUUCCUGUUCUGAGUGUGGGAAAUGUUUUGCAAGUAAAUCAGAUAUUGUUGCACAUCAGAGGUCUCACACGGGGGAGAAGCCGUAUGCUUGUCCUGAGUGCGGUAAAUGUUUUUCGGGGAUGCCCAAUCUUUACAGACAUCAAAAAUUGCACACGGGGGAGAAGCCUUUUUCCUGCCCUGAAUGCGGGAAAUGUUUUUCAAGGAAGUCCCAUCUUUACAGACAUCAGAAAUCUCACAUGGGGGAGACGCCACUUUCCUGUUCUGAGUGAGGGAACUGUUACUCGAAGUUCUGUCUUCCUGUACAUCAGGGAUCCCACACAACCCUUGAGGUGUAUUAGUGCCUUGAGUGCGGGAAAUGUCUUGU